AUGAGGAAUACGCGUGCACAUUCCCACAACGCCGAGAACUCAAAUACCAAUAACGAAGCAGAAGCAGGACAACCUCAUCCAACUAAUGGAGGAGAUUUCAUGGGUCAAUUUCUGAGUGCUUUACAGGGUUUUGUCCAACAGCAGACCCAAACUCAGGCUACGCAACGUGACCUAAACCAGACCUCUAACACUAUAGAUCAAGCGGUAGAGCGAUUUCGAAACUAUAAUCCGCCACGAUUCAAUGGGCGCGAUGGACCACUAGCAGCUGAAGAGUGGUUGGAAGAGCUUGAACGAAUUUUCACUCACAUCAACUGUACCGAGGAGCAGAAAGUUUCAUGUGCUAUUUUUCAACUCAAAGAGGACGCUCGACAAUGGUGGAAGCAUUUCUACCGUCUGUUGGCAGAAGAAGAUCGCAAUGUCCUAAAUUGGAAAAUUUUCAAGGAUGUGGUAAUGGAUAAAUACUUCCCCCUUUCAUUCAGAGAAAAGAAGGAGACUGAAUUCUUUGAGUUGAAACAAGGGAAUAUGACUAUAGAGGAGUACGAGAGGAAAUUUAAUGAGUUGGGUCGUUUCGCACCACACCUAGUUGAUACAGAAGAUAAAAUGAUAGCUAGGUUCAGAAAAGGAUUGAGAACUGAUAUCAAGGGAAUUAUGGCUGCACAUGUAAUUGAAGAUUUUAGCGAUCUGGUUAAGCGAGCCGAAGAGGUGGCAACUGCUCUUGGGUCAAACAUCCCUGCACAGAAACCAGCGAAUCAACCUAUGAAAAGGAAGUGGGAGAACUAUAAUCAAGGCGGAGGAAACUUUCAAGAUAAGAGGCCGAAGUUUGGUGGAGGCGUUAGUACGGGAACAACAGGGACAAAACCACAAUGCCAGAAAUGUGGAAAAUAUCAUUAUGGAGAAUGCAUGUGGGGUAAAGGAGUUUGUUUCUUCUGCCGCGAACCGGUACACACUACACAUAAUUGUCCUAAGAAGAUGAACAAUGCGCUAGAAGGGAAGAAAAAUGUGGGACCAGACAGAAGAGGAGUCAAGGAGCCAGAAAAGAAAGGAAAUGCCCGAUUCUUCGCUUUAGCCGAUCAAGAAGCAGCGGAGGAUGAAGACACAAUGACCGGUACGUUACUCAUAUCUGGAACACCAGCAGUUGUUCUAUUUGAUUCUGGAGCUUCGCACUCGUUCAUUUAUGCUAAGUUUUGUCAAAAGAAUCAUAUCCCUUCUGAAGUAGAAAACUUAGCCUUGAACAUAAGUGUUCCUUCUUGA